AUGGCGCACAAGUUCGUCGUCACAGCCUUCUUGACAGGCUCUCGAAUCCUCGGUCGAUCCUUCGUCGCCGCUUACAAGCAAGCUCAAGCUGCUUCCGCCUACCAGCGCGCCCAGGUCAAGGCCGGCAACACCACAGGCGGUGCUUCUCUCUCCUCAGGCAUGACCCUCGAUGAGGCAUGCAAGAUCCUCAAUGUCAAGCCCCCUGCCGGCGGACAGGCCAACGUCGAGGAGGUGUUGAGCCGUUACAAGCGACUGUUUGACGCCAACGAACCCCAAAAGGGUGGCAGUUUCUACCUCCAGAGCAAGAUUGUGAGAGCAAAGGAACGAUUCGAGCGAGAGAUUGGACCUAUACGGGAGAAAAUGGAGGCAGAGGCCGAGAUCAAAGAGGGCUUCAAGCCCAAGGUCUACAAGGACUAG